UCAAAUGUAUCGUAUCAUGAUUUUUUCAUUAAAUUGUGUGGAUUUUAACAUAUAUAACCACCUCACGUGCCAACUCUAGACCUGCAACAAAUAAUAAUAGCUACAUAUGACUGUAGUAGCUAGUGCAUUGUAGCCGAACUGCUUAAAAUAAAAUAUUGAAAGAAUAUAUAAAUCGCUCUGUCAGUCAAUCGUCAAGCAGUUGCGUCUCUUGCGUGUCCCUUCGUCUAACUCUCCUUGCUUCUACAACCCCCUCUGUCUCUUUAAUCAAGAUGGAGUUAAUGUCAAGGUCCUGCGAUCUGAGGAUGGAAUUCUGCGAAGCCAUGGCGCAGUGGUUUCGCAACUACGAGGCCGCGAUGCGAGCCAAUCAGCAGAGAGCACUGCGGAACAAGGGGAAGAGUCAGGGCUGCCCCAAGGUGCCCGUGGACCGCUCCUCUCCCCAUUGGCUGCUGCACCGGCUGGACUGUGGACCGCCUCCGCCGGAAGCCCAGACCUGGCUGAGUCGGGUCAACGUUGACCAAUCAGAAAUCAUGCAGCACGUGGGUCAGACUGUGCUGAUGGUGACCGACGCCACCGGGCUACCCCUGGGCUUCGACGUCGUCUCCGUGGGCGGGGCCAACCCCAAGGGCGGGGCCGUUGUCAAGGGGACCAAUAGUCAGAAGACGAAGGACAACGGCGAGGGCAAGAUGACGGAGAGGAUCCUGGGACUGCUGCGACACUGCAUGGAGGCGCCGAUGAGCGGGGGGGCGCCCCGGCGUCCCCAAAUCCUCAGAGUCCUGGACAGGAAGCUGCACAAGCUGCUGCGCAGGAGCGUGGACACCGUCGCGACCCUGCGCCUGACGCUGACGUCCCACGCCGCCGACGACUGGGGUGCCGCCGCCCCCGCCGCUUCCGUCGAGCCGGACUCGGAGUCGGGCGGCGCGCCGGGCGGCCCGCCGUUCGGCCUGCGCUGGCCCGUCAUGCGCCACUGUCACGUGUGUAAGAGAUACGCCAUCGCCUGCCAACUGAAGCCAUGCCCCCAGUGCAACGCCGUGCUGUACUGCUCUGACCGGUGUUCUGAAAUUGACCAAUCGCGCUGCCCGGAGGACUCCAGCCACCAGCACUGGUGCAAGAAGCUGGCGCAGUGCCUGAGGCGAGGGGCGGAGCUAGCUGACCUGCCCUUCACGUACACUCCAGGUACAGGGCGUGGCCCGAGGAGCAGGUCACGUGCGAAGCACGCUCGUUGA